UUGGAGAGAGCUGCGGACUGCUCACUUUAUUCUUCAACCAGUCUCUCCGGCAAAGUACUAAGUGAGGGGUGCCACAACAGAAUGAGCUACUUUGAGGAUUCUGCCCUGGGCAACCCUGCCGUUUACUCAGUAUCUCGUCCUGCAGUGAUGAGGCAGGGGCCUAUCAACACUUUUGAAGAUCCUCGAAUGACCUGUGGUUUCCAGUCCAGUUAUCACCAGCAAAGACCUCUCUACCCCUUCUGGGAUGAGAUGGCCACUCAGGAAGUCCCUACUGGCCUUGAACAGUGUGGCUCAGAUAUGGAAUGUGCGGAUGUCCCAUUGUUAACUCCAAGCAGCAAAGAAAUGAUGUCCCAAGCAUUGAAGGCUACUUUCAGUGGUUUCACAAAAGAACAGCAGCGACUGGGAAUCCCAAAAGACCCCCGGCAGUGGACGGAAACUCAUGUUCGGGAUUGGGUGAUGUGGGCUGUAAAUGAGUUCAGCCUGAAAGGUGUGGACUUCCAGAAGUUCUGUAUGAAUGGAGCAGCACUGUGUGCCCUGGGUAAAGACUGCUUCCUUGAGCUGGCUCCAGACUUUGUUGGAGACAUCUUGUGGGAACAUCUAGAGAUCCUGCAGAAAGAGGAUGUGAAACCAUAUCAAGUUAAUGGAGUCAACCCUACCUAUCCAGAAUCCCGUUAUACCUCGGAUUACUUCAUCAGCUAUGGUAUCGAGCAUGCUCAGUGUGUUCCUCCCUCUGAGUUCUCAGAACCCAGCUUCAUCACGGAGUCCUAUCAGACACUCCAUCCCAUCAGCUCAGAGGAGCUCUUGUCCCUCAAGUACGAGAACGACUACCCCUCUGUCAUUCUCCGGGACCCUCUCCAGACAGACACCUUGCAGACAGACUACUUUGCCAUCAAGCAAGAAGUUUUAACUCCAGACAACAUGUGCAUGGGGAGGACCAGUCGUGGUAAACUCGGGGGACAGGACUCUUUUGAGAGCAUAGAGAGCUACGAUAGUUGUGACCGCCUCACCCAGUCCUGGAGCAGCCAGUCGUCUUUCAACAGCCUGCAGCGUGUUCCCUCCUAUGACAGCUUCGACUCCGAGGAUUAUCCUGCUGCCCUGCCUAACCACAAGCCCAAGGGCACCUUCAAGGACUAUGUGCGUGACCGUGCUGACCUCAACAAGGACAAGCCUGUCAUUCCUGCUGCUGCCCUGGCUGGCUACACAGGCAGUGGGCCCAUCCAGCUGUGGCAGUUUCUUCUGGAAUUACUCACUGAUAAGUCCUGUCAGUCUUUUAUCAGCUGGACAGGAGAUGGCUGGGAAUUCAAGCUUUCUGACCCAGAUGAGGUGGCCAGGAGAUGGGGAAAGAGGAAAAACAAACCUAAGAUGAAUUAUGAGAAACUGAGCCGUGGCCUUCGCUACUAUUAUGACAAAAACAUCAUCCACAAGACGGCGGGGAAGCGCUACGUGUACCGCUUUGUCUGUGACCUGCAGAGCCUGCUGGGAUACACCCCCGAGGAGCUGCACGCCAUGCUGGAUGUGAAGCCAGAUGCCGACGAGUGAUGGACACGGAAGGGGCUGGGGGAACCCUGCUGAUUCCUUUCAAAGAACAACCUUGUUGGUUGGACUCUUAAUUUUUGUUAUUCUGUUUUAUUUUCCAGAACUCAUUUUUCACAUUCAGGGGUGGGAGCUAAGGGAGCUGCAGCUGUAACCAUUGACAAGGUUGGAAAGAGCAAGCCGGGACCUUUGGGGUGGGUGGGGCAAGUGGAUCUGGCUGAUGGGAGGAAGAGACUAAUAUUUCCAGACAUAUUAAAAAAAUCCAAGAAAAAAUCCAUCUUGAAUUAUGGACCCAUUAGUGGGAGAAAUUAUCACAUCAAGAGUUACAAGAUUGAUGGAAGACAAUUCAUUUGUAGGGUGGGAUAAGAGCAUUUUUUUUUUUUCUGGGGGAUGCACUAAAAACAAUUAUUUACCUUUCUACUUUUUGAAACAAAGAUGGACUUCAGUGGGGAGGGUCCAAAACUGUUUUUUGUGUUAAAGUUUAUUUUAUUAAAUUUUGUGCCAGUAUUUUUUUUCUUAAAAAAAUCGUCUUAAGCUCUAAGAUGGUCUCAGUAUUGCAGUAUGAUGCGAGUUUGUUCCUAUUUGCUGGCCGAGGAUUCCGUCACAGUGAAAGAAAACUGUUUAUAUAGACCCCAUUGGAAAAGCAGAGCUCCGUUACUGAGAUCAGGGAUCCAAAUUCACGUGACUUAGAUCUAAAGGAAAUAAAUAGGAAUGCUGAUGUGGGUGCAGAGGAACUGCGCAUGUGAAUUCCAUCUGCAGUUUGUAAAAAAUUAUCACAUCCCUUUUCUUGUCAUUAGACGUUUGUGGGAGUUUGGACUUAAUGUUAGCUAAGGGACAUGAAGUCUUUGCACUGAAUGUAUUUUGCAGCCCUGAUUUGGGAUGAUCGUCAACAUAGAAACACUGUUAAAGCUUUGGAAAGGAAACUGAAGAAGAAAGAUUAACCUGGUUCUUGGUUAAUUCUCUACCUGUAACAUACAUGACUUGGAAUAAAAGCUAUAUACCUGGGCAUUACCCUUUAGGUCUUAAGAAGUGAAUCCCAAAUGCAUGUCAUUCCAAACUAACACUCUACAAUUUCUCCCUUAUAUCUAGUUUUCCCAGAAUCCCACCCCCAUUAUUCAGCAGAGAGGAAUGUGACACUUUCUGAUAGGCAAGUGAUAGUGUAACUUCAGACAUCAUGAAAGGAAUCAAAGUGUAGAGUUACUUGCUGGGGUUUAGAAGCCAUUGAUCCUUAAGGGAGGAGUUCAGUAAAAUGAGCCUUGGCCUCCUUUGAGAAGAGGUGCAAAGCUUUCCUUUGCAGAAUUGGUCAGGUAGGAUGUCAGGUGAGGCUGCACGCAGAGGAAGUGGUGAGGCAACGCGGGGCCUCCUAAUUAAGCUGUUAUCUUGGCAGAGGGUGAGUGAAGCUUAACGUCAGAUGAGAAGAAUGACUUGAAGAGGACACAGGGAAGGUGCUUGGAUGAGGAAAACAGGGUGGUCCAUGAGAUCUGAAUAUAUUCUUAGUUGCCCCAAAGUUUAAAUACCAAGAGUCUAUGAGGCAGUUAUCUUUCUGCUGGUUGUGAGGGGAGAUCUGAUCACAAAGCAUU